AUGGGAGGCGACGGAGCCGCCCGCGCGGCGCGCUCCGGGCGCGGAUUGGCGGUGCGGCGAGGCAGUGGGCGGGGCGCUGUCCCGUGCGGAGCGGCCAUGACGGCGCACAGCUUCGCGCUGCCGCUCGUCCUCUUCUCUGCCUUCUGGGGCCUCGUGGGCAUCGCCGCCCCCUGGUUCGUGCCCAAGGGGCCGAACCGCGGGGUGAUCAUCACGAUGCUGGUCACCACCGCCGUGUGCUGCUACCUCUUCUGGCUUAUCGCCAUCCUGGCGCAGGCCAACCCCCUGUUCGGGCCGCAGCUGAAGAACGAGACCAUCUGGUACGUGCGCUUCCUCUGGGAGUGAGCAGUCCCUGGGCGCUGGCCCCUCAACAGAGACCCCCAUCAAAUCCAUCACCCUCUUGUAGCCUGUUCCAGCCUCUACUCUCCUGCACCAGACAGCCCCCAGAGGUGCUGGGACAGAGGCUGGACCCGCUGCCCAAGCACACCUGGAGCACUGCAGCCUGGACCAAUGGAUGGCUGGGUCCCCCAAGCAUGGCAGGCAGCACCCCUGGGCGAGGGCCUACUAAUUCAGCACUAGGAGCAGCCAGGCUACCAGGGAGAGAUCCCUUCAUCUGGCCCAGUGCUGCAGUGACUGAGCACUGUCCUGUGAGGGAUCUGUGUGUAGUGCCAGUGGGUCCUGUCCCAGCAGUGCUUGUCCUACCCUCAGUGUGUUCAGCCCUAGCACCCACAUGAAACCCCUGCUUGUAGCCCAAGCUGCCCAACAAGUUACCCUGUCCCUGGUCAUUACAUCCACUGGCUGUGUGAGAAUGCAGGAGCAAUUGCAUCCUCUGUGGUCUAGUCAGUCCCCUGUGGUGGAGGUGGUCCCUGCUAAGACUCUGGCUGUGGGUGGAAGGAAGAGCUGACCCUGAAGGAGCAUGCAGACCCACUUGAGUGUGAUAAGGGAGGCGUUGGGGUGUGCUGGAGGGAAUGAAAAGAGGGCUGUCUCCCACUUGAGCAGUGAGGCAGCUGCAGUAGUGUUUAAGUAACUCCCCAAGAUUGGUCCAGGUUCUGAGAAGAGCCGAGUAGGGCAUUGUGUUUCCAGUUUCCCCUUAUUUAUUGGAUAAUUUAUCUGUAUUUAUGUAUCUGUCUGUGUUUUGUUUGUGUUGUGGAAAUAAACCCUUUUUGUAGUAA